CUUUUCGCAUCCCCCGCCUGCGUCCGCCUCGCAACGCCCGCUCCUCUCACCCGAAUUUGGCGUCGCGCGGUGUACCCCCCGCUGUCGAUUUGUGUUCCUGGUUGACGCAUCGUUCGCUUGCACAGAUUCCUCUUCGUCUGUCUGGAUUGGCCACGCCAUUCCCACCCUCUCUUCCCACUACGGGCUUUCCCGAACCCUCCGCUCACGCCGGGGCACCGCUCCUUAUUCCGAUCCUCAGUCUUCUGCUCCGUCGAAUUCUUAAUUUCGUUUUCUGGGUUCAACCGGGGGGAUUGAGUGCAGACGUGGCCGCGCUCGUCGGAGGCGUUCGAACCUUGUGGGUGCUUCCUCGCCCAAUUUCUGUGCCGAUUUAUUUAAGGAGCUUAACACUGUAAAAUGGGGCCAGUGCAAUACUUGCAAUCGCAAGCUUCGAUAUCUUGCUCCAGUCAACAGCAUUUGUGUGCCUCGCAGGCGAUUGUCUGUGAGAAGACUUCACCACAUUCGAUUCUAGUUCCCGUCACCAGUUCCUCUCUCUCUCCCUUUUUUGCGGCUCCAAAUCCCACCUCUUCAUCACGACUUCGUAGUCUUAAUUCGCGCGGUACCUUUCUGGGCGCACGCUUAUCCAAAACUCAUAGGAAUAUCAAGAGAGUAUCUGGCAAAUUAAACCUGCGUUCAAAUGCCCAAACUAAUGAUUCGACAGCAGAUGAACCCCUCCCUUCAGAGAUGUCAUUAGAGAAUGCCCUUCAGCUGCUUGGGGUUAGAGAGGGUGCGUCUUUUGAAGAGAUAUUGAGAGCUAAGAAGAUGAUAGAGAAGACUGGCGGAGACCAAGAACAAAUUGUUCAGGUCGAGGCAGCUUACGACACGCUAUUGAUGCAAAGUUUUUCACAGCGGCGAGCUGGAAAAGUUGUUGAUAGUGCUGUCCGAUAUGCUGACGUUCGCAAGCCUAAGUCGUCAUCUGGUGGAGGACCGGAAUGGUUGCAAAAGUCAUUGAAGAACGCUCCUGUGUCUUUUCAAACUCCUUCAAAUUCUGAACUUGGCCUUCAAACAGGACUAUUCGCAGCAUUGAGUGUUUGGGUGUUUGCAACUGGAGUUACGUCAUAUCCAGCAGUUUCUGGGCAGGAUACACCAGGAUUUAUUUUGGCUAUUGGAUUUGGACUUGCUGUUUACUUCUUGAGGAAGCAAAACAUCAAAUUAGGAAAAGCGGCUCUCAUCACGAUUGGAGGACUUGUGUCAGGAGCGUUGCUGGGUGGAUUGGUGGAGUCUUGGCUGCGUGUAGACAUUGUUCCAAUAUUAGGAAUUGGGUCACCUGCGAUAGUUGUCAGUGAGUUUGUGCUGUUCUCCCUGUGGUUCAGCUCUUUGUAUUUGAGGUGAUGCAAUUACCAUUUUCCAUCACACCGUGCUCGGGAAGCAGUCCAUGCACGUUUUGAGAACAUGCUCCUGCGUCUCAUCUGAGCACGUCUUUUGUAAAGCGAAACCGUGUUUACUGUGUACUUUAACCAAAGACUGAAAUUCCGUUGCCUAGA